AUGCCGAAACCUUCGACCAUCCCCGUAUUGCUCCUCAAGACUCGAUCGAGCCCCUACGACGCAUACGAAGAGUAUUUUGCGUCCUCCUCUUUGUUGCCAACGAGUAGCACGCCCUCGCCCUCCCCUUCCGUCGCGGAUGGCGGAAGUGGCACCUUCCAAACUCACUUCAUCCCGGUCCUGGAACAUCGACCCAAUGCGCCCAACUUGGAAGGACUGGCCGAGUUGCUAAGAAGUGGGAAUCUGCAAGAUAAAUAUGGUGGGAUGAUAUUCACAAGCCAAAGGGCUGUCGAGGCUUGGACGGAUGUGGUCCAGCGAGUGCGAAUAGAACGGGAUCGGGGACGAGAGAAUGCAACGCAAGAGACACCCACUGUCGAUGACAAUGGAUUGAGCAACUCGAGUCAUCAUGUUAGCGAGACUACAGCGCAUAUGGCGACCGAGGAACCACCUUCCAAACUGGUCGAAGACGACUUUGAAUUUCCAAUCUACACAGUUGGUCCUGCUACGUCACGGGCGCUCAGGACCCUGGUGGAGACAGAAACUCUGGCGGCGGCGGCGGCGUCGUCUUCGCCGUUCGCUCGCCUGCGUCCCACCGUCCUCGGUGAACAUACAGGUAACGGUGGCAGUCUGGCAGAGUACAUACUUUCGCAUUACAACCAGCUCCACGCGCGGAGGCGGUACACAUUCUAUGAUGCGCCGCGGUUACCAUUCACGCCGGUCCUCGGCCCUUUGCACGGUGAGCGUCUGGAACCGGACGACAGCCGGAUCCAGAAGAGAGGCCUAUUGUUUCUAGUAGGUGAGCAACGGCGGGACAUCAUCCCCAAGACACUCAUGGAUAAGGACGGUAAGCUGGGCCCACAGGAGCGAAUCCACGUGGACGAAGUCGAAGUGUACAAGACCGAGACGAUGGAUUCGUUUCAGCAGGACUUUGGGGUCGCGGUGGACGGGUUCAGGAACCAGGGGUUGCCCGUUGUGGUUGUGGUCGUCUUUAGCCCGCAAGGGUGCGAAGCCAUGCUUAAGUCAUUGGGCUUCAUCGACGACGAACACGCCUUGACUGAUACGGCGCGCCUUCGGUGGCAAGAGGCUACCAACCCCGCUUCUAGACGCGAUGCUGACGAACUCAAACCUGUCAUUGUCACCAUAGGACCUACGACGAGGGACCAUCUGAAGAAUAAGUACGGCUUCGAUGCAGAUGUGUGUGCUGAAAAGCCUAGUCCACAAGGCGUGGGCGAGGCACUGAUUGCGUUUUUACAGUCGAAGAAUAUACCUAGUACCUCGGUCCCGAGGUAG